AUGUUAAUUGAAGCUCAGAAAUCUGACGAAUCCCUAAUGCCACUACGUAAUGCAGCCAUGUCGAAAUCAGAAAUUCAGUCACUGUCAUCUGGGUAUUAUCUAAAUACUGGGAUAUUGAUGAGGAAAUAUAGACCCCCUGAAGUACCAGCAACCGAUUCGUGGAAUGAAGUUUUUCAAGUGGUGGUAGCAACUUGCUAUCGAUCUAAAGUUAUUGGUUUGGCUCACGACUUAGGUGGAGGCCAUUUGGGUAUCAAGAAGACACUUGAUAAGGUCAUCAGAUAUUUCUACUGGCCAGGUGUUAAGUCAGAUGUAACGAGAUACUGCAGAACUUGUGACAUAUGUCAAAGGGUUGGUAAACCUAACCAAGUUAUUCCUCCUGCACCUCUUAAGCCUAUUCCUGCAUUUGAGGAACCGUUUUCAAGGGUAAACAUUGAUUGUGUUGGACCUUUUCCUAAAACAAAGAGCGGAAAUAGGUUUUUGCUUACUCUCAUGUGUGCUAGUACUAGAUAUCCUGAAGCAAUUCCUUUAAAACGAGCUACAUCUCGUACUAUUGUCCCAGUCUUGAUCAAUUUUUUUACACAAUAUGGUAUGCCACGUGUAUUACAGUCAGAUCAGGGAAGCAAUUUUUGGUCAGUAAUGUUUCAGGAAGUAAUGAAAUUAUUACACAUUAAGCAGUUUAGUGCCACAGCUUAUCGGCCACAGACGCAAGGUGCCCUUGAAAGGUACCAUCAGACACUUAAGAGUAUGCUCACGAAGUAUUGUCAGGAAACGGGUAAUGAAUGGGAUCUAGGAGUGCCUUUAAUGCUGUAUGCUAUAAGAUGUACUAAGCAGGAGAGCCUAGGGUUUUCACCAUAUGAAUUACUUUUUGGGAGAGACAUCCGCGGACCCAUGAAAUUGUUGUAUGAAAGCUGGAUAGGUAUGGAAAAUUCAGUGUGUCUAAGUGAUUAUGUGGAAAAAAUGAAAACCAGGUUGCAACAUCUUCAAAAAUUUGCUCAUGAGAAUCUAGAAAGUGCACAGUGGUCAAUGAAGGAAAUAUAUGACAGGAAGGCAGCUGAACGAGAAUUUGCUGUCGGGGAAAAAGUGCUACUGUUUUUACCUGUUAGAAAACAACCAUUAACUGCUAAAUAUCAGGGACCUUUCAAAGUACUGGAGAAAAUUAAUGACAUUAAUUAUAUAAUUGCUACUCCAGGUCGCAGGAAAAAGAAAAAGGUAGUUCACAUCAACCUCCUUAAGAAAUAUCAUUCGCGCAGACCAGAUGCUGUGACUGCUUUGUGUGUGAUCUCUGGUCCUGAGGAGCGGGGAGAUACUACUAUUUCAAAUGAGAUGGAAAGUGAAUUUGUUGUAGGCGAGGUUGGGUUCAAAUUGCAAAACAGUGACAUCUUGAAAAAUCCAGCCUCUAAAUUUUCUCAUUUACCCCACGAACAGCAACAAGAUAUCUUGUGUGUACUCCAGGAAUUUAGUGAUAUUCUUGGAGAUGUGCCACGACAGACGCACCUGGUGACCCAUGACGUGAAGCUGGUAGACGGGGCUAUCCCUGUCAAACAAGCACCGUAUAGAAUGUCUCCUUAUAAGGAAAAAAUUAUGGAAGAGGAGGUAAGCUUUCUGCUCAAAAAUGGUCUUGCUGAACUUAGUGAGAGCGAGUGGGCAUCACCCUGUGCACUCGUGCCAAAAUCUAAGGGUUGGAGAAUGGUGACAGACUAUAGAAGGGUCAAUGAGCUCACAAAAGGGGAUUGUUAUCCUUUACCUAGAAUAUUGGAUAUAAUAGAUUCCAUUGGGGAGUCAAAGUUUAUUACUGUACUCGAUUUACUGAAGGGCUAUUACCAGGUACCCUUGUCACCUGAAGCGAGGCAGAUAACAGCAUUUGUGACACCUAAUGGAUUUUAUAACUACUGUGUGCUUCCUUUUGGCUUAAAGAAUGCGCCUAGCUCAUUUCAGCGACUGACGGGUUCAAUAAUACGUGGACUCAAAGGGGUAAAGGUAUACAUUGAUGACCUUGUAGUUUACAGUAGUAAAUGGGAGGACCAUGUGGCAACAUUGCGAUCCCUCUUUGAACGUCUGCAAGAUGCUGGGCUCACUGUUAAUUUAGUCAAGAGUGAGUUUGCACAAGCUAAGGUGAGGUAUCUCGGCCACGAGGUUGGAGGAGGAGAGGUUGCUCCAGUUAAAGCCAAGGUAGAAGCUAUCAAUGAGUUACCUGUACCUAAGAAUAAAAGAGCAAUUCAAAGAUUCAUUGGUAUGGCUGGGUACUAUCGUAGAUUUUGCCCGAACUUUGCUGACGUAGCCAAACCCUUAACAUAUCUUUUGAGUCCAAAGCAAGAAUUUAAAUGGACGGUUGAAUGUCAGGAGUCUUUCAAGAAGUUAAAGAACUUUCUAACGUGUGAACCUGUGUUGAGGUCUCCAGAUUUUGAUAAACCUUUUACCCUCCAGGUAGAUGCUAGUGACGUGGCUGCAGGAUCAGUAUUGUUGCAGGCAGGGAAAGAUGGGGUUCUGCACCCGGUCUGCUACUCUUCCGCGAAGUUCAAGCCGCACCAAACGCACUACAGCACGGUCGAGAAGGAGGCUGCCGCUCUUCUCAUGGCUCUUGAAAAGUUCGAGGUGUAUUUGAGCUGCACGCCAUACGAGAUCGAAGUCUUUAGUGAUCACAACCCACUUCAGUUUGUGACGAAAAUGAAAAACAAAAACCAACGUCUUACCAGAUGGUACUUAGCGUUGCAACCUUACAAUCUAGUGAUAAAACAUAUCAAGGGUCGUAAUAACAUAAUAGCGGAUAGUCUCUCCAGACCAGGUUAA